ACGUACGCAGACGCCAACCCCCCACCACGCAGACUUUGAAUUCGACGUCGCUUCGGUUCCCGCUUGCGUUGUGCAGAAGCGGCCACCCGUACGAGUAGGACCAAGCCUCUCUUUGUGCGUAAAGUUCACGUUGAACCGAUCGAAUCUCGGCUCUGGAGAAGCGAUAUCGGCCGCCUGGACGUUCGAAGGAACCAGUUUGUCGUUCGAGAGAUCGUCGUUGUCACGAGUUGAUCCAACAAAUUCGCGGAAUGGCCGCGAACGAGUCGCACGACUGCAAUGUUGCGAUUAAAAUAGGACCGUUCGUUAAACGAGACGAUGGCGACGAAUAUCUGCCGUUGGAGAUGACAAUUCAUGGAUAUGGCUCAGCGUGGAUCGAGACGGAGCUCAAGAAGCGCGAGGACAAUACAUUCGACUACGGCUACAAAUUUUCGUUGUAUAAGAAUAAUAUAGAAGUCGACAACUCUCAACCGAGUAGCCAUGAGGGGUCACCGUAUACCCGAAAGACGACGUACAAUUUACAAAGUUUGAAUGCCGAGGAACAGUUGUUGGUGAAACACAUGGCUGCGCAAUUGUGCAAAGACAUUGCCAAGCACGCGAAACCGAAGAAACAGCGCCAAAAAGUCGAACGGAACGACAAAAAUGCUUCUACGGAGGGAGUAAAAACUGUUACAUUCGGUAAAGAGUAUUCGAAACCGAGGAUACAAAGACAGCUUAAGCAUACCCAAACCGUAAGCGCUGUUGCCGUUUGCGAAGAAUGGAUAUUGACCGGUUGUUCCGACGGCUCGUUGCAUAUCUGGACUUACAAAGGUAACCAUCGCAUUGGAGUCCGUGGACACAAGACAGUCAUCGUUGAUGUACAAUGGGUGUCUAUGAAGCAAAAUAUUGCUAUGUUCAUUAGCGCAUCGAAGGAUGGAGCAGUUAUAAUAUGGGUGUGCAAUAUGCUGAAGAAUUCUAUAGUGUUUCGCACGUAUUGUUCGCACGAUUCCAAGGGCGUGUUUAAUACGUUAAACGUGCUUAACGUUCAUCCGAACAAAACUAUACUGGCUGUCGGAGGAUGGGACGGCUUGCUGAAAUUUUGGACCACAUCCACUCAAGAUAGAAAGAAACUCACCAAAAAUUCGGCGCGUAGACCAAAGACGAUCAUUAAAAAUCUGGACGGUCAUAAAGACGUCGUCACCGGUAUCGCCUGGUCGGAGAAAAACGAGGUUGUAUCGUGCUCGUUCGACGAGACGAUCAAGGUAUGGGAUUACGAAUCGGGCAGGAUCAUACACGAUCUUGGCGGUGGCGAAUGUUUUUACAGCCUCGAUUAUUCGCCGUUACGUCGUUCUAUACUGGCGACCACCCACGACAAGAUUAGGUUGUACGACCUGAGAGACACAGGUAACAGCACGAUCGUGAAGAAAGUGUUCGCUUAUCACAAGGAGCCUGUGAAAUCUUUAAGAUGGUCGCCCGUGGAUCAGAAUCUGUUUAUUUUAGGAGGCGCUCGCAUGCAACUUUGGGACAUCAGACGUCCCAGAACACCACUGUACGAUCUACGCGAUCACCAGAAGGACGUGUUGUGCUGCGAUUGGUCGAAUCCAAAAAUGUUGGCAUUCGGCGGUGAGGACAAAAUCGUAAGGUUAUAUAAAUUUACACGCGUCUAACGUUAUCUAAAUUUACCGAUAAUUAUAUGCAUUUCAUAACAGUGUUCAAUAAAUCAAAAGUUUUUUUUCUGCCUUCUAAUAA